GACGCUUCGCACGCAAGUCAGUCGCUCGCUGACGUUCGAAGGCACUGGUUGACCUGUUCUCGUCGUUCCUCGCGAUGUCGGAAGUAUUCAAACUGGGUGAUCUAGUAUGGGCGAAGAUGAAAGGAUUCUCGCCGUGGCCCGGCCGGGUGUCGGUUCCUUCAAAGGACUUGAAGAAGCCUGCGAACACUAAAAAGGGGCCAGUACAGUGUAUCUUCUUCUUUGGGACAAACAACUACGCAUGGAUAGAGGAAUCCAACAUUAAACCCUAUCAGGAGUAUAAGGAUACUUUAGUGAAAUCUAGCAAAUCUGGCGCGUUCAAAGAUGCAGUGGAAGCUAUAGAAGAAUUUAUCGCCAAAGGAGAGGUAUUCGAGGAUGGCUUGGAUCCGGAUUCCUUGUUCGACAGACUUAAAGAAGAGCCUGUACCCGAGAAGAAAUCUGUGGUCAAAACGCCGAAGCCGCGUAAGGAGGCUACUACGAAAACCACCAAGCGUCUAAGCGACAGCGGUACGGGUGAUCGUCGACCGGCUAAAAAGCAGCGUAGGGAAUCAAGUACCAGCAAUAGCAACAGAGUGGGCAGUGUCAGUCCUACUCUGAAUCAUUCUACUCCGGCUAGAAAAACGGGCUCACUUCUAAACAGACCGGCAAAUAUCGCCAGACCUAUUACGCCGCCCUUAGACGUCGAAACGAUGUCGCAAACUCUCAAGGAGAAGAAUAUCCUUCCGUCAAAUCUGAAAUUUGGUUUUCUUGGACUCGGCAUUAUGGGCAGUGGUAUCGUGAAAAACUUGAUCAACAGUGGUCAUAGUGUGAUCGUGUGGAAUCGAACGCAGGAAAAGGUAUGUACCGAUAUUUCUUUUCUUUUUUUUUCUACAGAUCGCGAAAGAUUUCUGCCGAUGGCGAAUACAGUGUAUUAUAAUUAAAUUAUGAUAAAAAUUUUAUUAUUAAUUAAACAAUGAAAAUCUUGAA